UUGUGUCAAGGUGAGUAAAGACGUUGGUCAAUACUGAUGCUUCAUUCUUCUCAGUUAAGAUCCAUCGUUUCCUCAUUGCUUUCAUUCUCGUUUUCAAUUUGUGAAGCUAAAUGAAUGGUGUCGUCCUAAAGUUCAGGGGAUUCGUCUGUGUUGCUUUUGUUGUAAUUGUUGUUGUCGUUGCUGUUGAUUCUGACAUCAUUUUUGAGGAGGAGUAUACCUAUAACAAAGACAAGUUAACCGAAGAGCAAUGGACGUUGAGAAGAGCAUCGAAGGUCACUUUGCAGUCAUCAAUGCCAUCUUUGUACAUUCUCGUGAUAUUACCUUCAAAGUGUGUUCCUAUGGGGCACUGGUAAACGACAAGAAGAUUAGUAGAGACAAGGCUGCUUUACGUAAAUAGUUCAUUU